AUGUGUUUUCACCCGUCCGACUACGGGAUCAUUGAGUACAUUGAACAUAUCCUCCUCCCCAGCAGCAGAAACGUGGACCUGCGCAAGCUGCAUGCAGAACUUUACAAGCUGAACGCCUACUCAGGACCAUCCGGCCUUUUCUGCAAGCAUGUCGACACACCUGGUUGCCUUCCAUCUUCCUUCAAGGGAGGUGAUUUGGCCGUGCAGCACGAUGGCCAGGAAUUCAGAUAUGACUGGAGUGCCAAAAGUGAGACAACCAUCCAGCAAGUGGCGUUCUACAGUGACUGCGAGCAUGAAGUCAAGACUAUCACGGAAGGCGAUCGGAUGACGCUCACUUAUAACCUCUAUGUCACCGAGCUGUGA